GUCUGCUAUGAGCUUAACCUAUUUGAAAGUUCGAAGUUCGUUUCGAACCAGCUGUAUAUUUUUCACAAUUGAUAUACUUAAUAAACAAUACUUACAGAUUUCGAUCAAAUGAGCUGGACUCAUACAUUCCUUUUUUGCUGCGCAGCUUUUAUAAAAGGGUUAUGUUAUUGGUAUACCGAACUAUAGUUGAAGGCAUAUAGAUUACGUUCCUCAUCUACCACACGUUACAUCACACUCAAGUUUAUUGUACCUCGGAUGUAAAAAAUUAAAUUAAGGGCCAAAAAUUAAACUUUGUAAUGAUGAUUGGACCAAACAUCACCAUCCUCUAUGGCAGUGAGACAGGAACUGCUCACGACAUUGCAGAACAGAUUUGGAAGCGCUCUAAAAGAUAUGGUUUAAAAAGUACUGUUGAUGCAAUGGACGACUACAACAUUGAAGAAUUAGUAAAUGAGAGAGUAAUGAUUUUUGUAGUUUCAACUGCUGGCCAAGGCGAUACCCCUGUCAAUAUGAAAAACUUUUGGAAGUUCCUCUUACGUAAAAGUCUACCACCUAACUUACUUGGUAAAAUGACAUUUUCGGUGUUGGGAUUAGGCGACAGUUCGUUUGAAAAAUUUAAUUUUGCUGCCAAGAAAUUAAAUAAGAGAUUAAUACAGCUUGGUGCUACUGAACUUUUUCCUAUUGGUCUAGCUGAUGAUCAGCAUGAUUUGGGAAUUGAUGCCGUUUUUGGGCCUUGGCUCCACAAUGUAUUUGACAGCCUGUGUUUGCAGUAUGGUUUAUCAAAUAACAGUAUUCUUGCUGAGCAUGAAAUUAUUGAGAGAUUCAAUGUUACUGAACUUGGGGAUGAAAAAAUAUUAGACGACUUAAAAAGGGACAUUUAUUUGUUUGAAGCGCAAAAAAACAAAAAAUUAAUUGUUACUUUGGUAACAGAAAACAUUAGAACCACCACUACCGAUCACUUCCAGGAUGUAAGACUGAUUAAAUUUAAAGUUCCAGAAGUGCAUUAUUCACCUGGUGACAUUGUGUAUGUAAAAGCUAAAAAUUCUGAUAAACAAGUUGAUGCAUUUUUUAAUAUUUUAAAAAGCAAUGGUGUAAAUAUUGAUCCUGACGUUGUGAUACAAGUGUCGGAAAAAGAAAUAAAACUGCCUAUAGUUUUACAACAAAAAUUAACGUUAAGACAAAUAGCGCAGCAGUACUGGGAUCUAAGUUUCAAGCCAAAGAGAUCGACUAUGCAAACAUUGGCAUCAAUUAGCGAAAACGAGCUUGAAAAAGAAAAAUUAAUUGAAUUCACAACUGCAACUGGUCAGGAAGAACUUUUUAAUUACAUAAACAGACCGAGAAGAAACAUCGUCGAAGUUUUAAACGAUUUCCCUUACACGACAAGUAAAUUGAACAUUAAGUUACUUUUUGAAAUUUUUACUCCCAUAAAGCCUCGUGCUUUCAGUAUCGCAUCAAGUUCAAAAUUUACCAAAGAUGAAGUUCAUUUAUUAGUCGCCGUUGUUCAAUACAAAACAAAGCUAAUUGAACCCAGGCUCGGGAUCUGCUCAAACUGGUUGGCAUCCCUGCAACCAGAAGAUAAAACUGUGUUUUGGAUUCAAAAGGGAACCUUCAAAUUUGAUUACAAAAAGCCAAUGAUUCUUGUAGGACCAGGAACUGGAAUAGCUCCAUUUAGAUCACUGCUGCUGGAGAAGGCUGUACUGGAUGGAGAUUUGAGUUCAUGUAUAGUUUUCUUUGGGUGUAGAAAUAAGGAAAAAGAUUAUCAUUGCGAAGAAGAUUUUCGUAUGCUAAUUGACAAGUAUAAGCUAAGAGUUUUCUGUGCCUUCUCCAGAGAUCAACCUGAUAAAAUAUACGUACAACACAUGAUUCGACAGCAAAGUGAACUCUGUUGGGAAUUUAUAAAAAACGAUGGUAAAAUUUACUUAGCUGGUGCAGAACCAGUUCGACUCUCGCCUGGUUGGGAAGGUACCAAUAGGCCAGACGACGAGCUGAACUUCAAAGGCGUAACGAUGGACCAAGCCGAUCUCGAGCUUAAUCCUCCCAAGGACAGGCUUAACAUUAUACUGUUCAUUAUGCUGUUGCACGGCAUUGGCGCCUUGAUGCCGUGGAAUAUGUUCAUCACUGCAAAAAGCUACUUCGUCGAGUACAAGCUGUCGGAAAAUUACACACACGUCAACUCGACUUAUGCCAACAAUUUCCUAUCGUCCCUGGGACUUGGUGCGCAAAUUCCCAAUGUGAUAUUCAAUUGGCUGAAUAUAUUCGUCACUCUAGGGGGUGAUCUGACGACGCGUAUUGUGUGGGGUAUUUUCAUGCAAGUACUCAUAUUUAUUUUCACCGUCGCAAUGGCCAUGAUGGAUUCAUCAACUUGGCCUGGGGUAUUUUUCUGGCUCACAAUGGUCUCCAUCGUUAUCCUUAACACUGCCAAUGGAAUUUAUCAGAAUUCAGUAUUCGGAAUGGCCGCGAAACUUCCAGGAAAAUAUACUGGAGCUGUAGUUCUGGGCUCUAAUAUUAGUGGAACUUUUACAUCUGUUGUUAGUUUAUUGGCACAAUACUUUGCGCCAAACCCGCGAACUUCGGCCAUAUAUUACUUCAUAACAGCGCUUUUCGUACUGCUAGCCUGUUUUGAUACAUAUUUUGCUCUUCCGAUCAAUCGAUUCUAUCGUUAUCAUCAGUACCUAUACGAGAAAGAGUCAAAGAAGAAAUCAGAGUACUCGUCAAAUAGGCCUCCACUCUGGAAGGUAUUCAAACAAUGUGCCCUUCAAUGCUUCAAUGUAUGGUUCGUCUUCUUUGUCACCCUCUCUAUUUUUCCGGCUGUGCAAUCCGAUAUCCGAAAAUCGAAUCCGGACUUUAUUGUACACGAAGAUUACUACCCAACUCUCAUGUGUUUCAUGACAUUUAACGUCACUGCCAUGUUGGGUAGCUACUUGGCUUCACUGUUCCAAUGGCCCAGUAAGAAGUUUGUCAUCUUACCAAUUUUACUUCGUGCUUUGUUCAUACCGCUAUUUUUGGUUUGCAACUACCUACCCAAGGAUGUGACAGCGAGCCAACGUCAUUACAUUUUAAUCGAUGACGAUUGGAUGUUCUUCGCCAUUGCUGUGGCGAUGGGAAUAACCAGCGGUUACUUUUCGUCCAUUUCUAUGAUGUAUUGCUCCAGUUCCGUGGAGCCUCAGUACGCAUCGACAGCUGGUAUGUUCGGUGCGGCCUUCCUGAUAACGGGCGUCUUUUCGGGCAUCCUGUUUUCCUAUGUGAUGCCCAUCAUCGUUAAGACGUUUGGUUAAAUCACAAUGUAGCACGCAACAGGCAGGGUAACAGCAACAAAUCUCAAGGAGCUCAAAAACAAAACGACCGCACGAGAGCUGUUCCACGGAAGAGAAAAAUGAUAAGGUAAAAAUAAAAAAGGACGUCGCUGUGAUGCGAUAUCAAAGUCAGUCUGGUUUCUUCGCGUGGCCUCCUUAAAAUGUCGAGCUUCGAAGUAGAAAGAGAAAAAAAAAAGAUCGACAAAAGUCGUUCUCAUUAUAUUGUCGUUAUUUUUUAAAGCUUUUUGAAAUACUAGCACCGAGAUAAACUGAGAUAAUUGGAGAUUGCAUCGUAGAUCAGUACCAUUUGUUGAAGAUAUAGUAAAAUUGUUGAAUGACGGUAUGCGUGAGAUAAUUCUGAGAGUCUAGAGUCUUAUCGAUUUUUACAUAUUCUUAUGUAACGGCAAGCGUAUGUAAUAAGGAAAAUUAAAAAUUGAAAGUCUGAGCAGUUAUUUGUGCAGAUGUUUUUUUUUUUUUUUUUAUUAUGGAGCAAAAACGCUUAACAGAAUUACUAAUAAUUAUUUUAUUACGCUUUUGAAUAAGGUAUUACGUGCGAUGUAAAUUGAGAUCUUUAUGAAAUAGUUGAUGAUUUUUUACUAUUUUAAAUAUACUGGACUUUGUAUGAAAAAAAAAAAAAACUUAUUGGGUUAAAUUUUUCUGUUACCCAUUAUAGAGUUUUAAUUGCGUAGGGUUAAAGAAAAAAGCUUUUACUCGAUGAAUACUGAAGCAGCUGGACCAAAAAGCCUUAUAAAUGUAAUAAAUAAAAAAAAAACCAGCAUUGUUAUUUUAAAUAAAAAUCAAACUAUAGCCGCUUGGUGAGCACAUGUACAUUAUAAUGCAAAUGUAAAGAUUUGGUAAAUUGUCAGUCAAAUUUUGAAUUUUGUAAUUAAUCGAAGAAAAAAAGAAAUUUAACUGAAAAUACCGCAAAUACAUCGCUGCCAUAGACUUGACGCUUAUUCCGUUAAGCAUAGCAGACAAUUUUAUUACGAGAUUAUUGUAAUACCGUUUUUAUACUGUCGUUUUUAUCUUUAUACAUGAUUAUUAUUUUUUUAACGAUUUGCGGUACAUGUUACGAGUUGUAACAUUCAGUACAACUAUAUAUGACAUAAACAAAAUUUUUAGCACUUUGAUUGUUACUUAAACUUUUACACUUUUCAUUUUAAUAUUUGAAAAAGUUUUAUAUAAGUAUAUUCUUAUAUUUAUACACAAGCUUCUCUUUGACAAUCAUGUAAAAACUUUUUUCUGUUUUUUUUAAGAAAUUUAUUUCUGUUUCCACUAGAUUUUUCAUUGUUGUAGUUUUAGUGUUCUUUUUUAUCUCGAUAAUUUUGCUUUGAUUUUUCAAUCAUCUUUUUUUUAUGCUUGUUUGAAAAAUCACAUUUUAUACCAUAUUCCAACUAACGACUAGAGAAUAAUCAAAAAAUUUUAGUAAACAUUUACAUUUAACUCUUUAAACUAAGCAUGCAAAUUUAUUCCCAACUCUAUCAUCACUCAAUGACGAAAAGCUGGAAGAGAAAAAAUCAAUUACUCAUUUUGUAAGAUAGCUUUUGUUUUCUUAAUGAGUAUUCAAUAAAAAAAAAAAUUUAAUUUUUAAGAAUUGAGAUACUUUUUUAGUUUCUCAUACUUAAAAACAAUACUAUGUAUACAAUUUUUUGCCUUUGUAUGUAUUAUAUACAAAAGACGAAGGUUUAUUAAUAAUGUCAUUGUAAUUUUAAAAUACACAAGACAAAUUUUUUUUAGCGAUACUGCAUUAGAAGCUGUAGAAUUAGCUCAUCAUUUUGUAGAUGGACAAUCCUUUUUAAUAAGCAAUGCAGACAAUAAAUUCUGAAAAUAAAAACAUAGAAAUAAAAUUGUAUUUUUAUACAUCAAUUCGGUGAUCAAGAAGGUUCUUGACUUGAUAAAUAAUGAUUUUUUGCUGUCUUUAAACAAUUUAUUUUUGCAUCAUAUCACCAAAGAGCCAGCAAAUUGUGUUUCACUGCAAAAUUCAAGGAAACUGCAGCUUUCUGAAAAAGACUUUGUUUUUUUUUUUUUUAAUAAUUUUUAGAAGUUAAGGUGUUUGUUAUCAAAUUUCAAUAAAGAUUCAUCUAUUACGAUUGAAAUACGUGCAGCAUAGACAAGUGUCCAAUUU